GUGGAGCUUCAAGAUCGGACGCGACGAGCACAGGCCACGCCACAUUUUCUAAGCACAGGCCACUCCACGCAAUGAUGCCCCAAGCCAAGUUCUCCAAUACAACCGACUAUGAAUGAUGUCUAUCGCGAGGUGAAGGAAGGUCCAUUCCGCGGACUCCGUAUGGAAGGCGUGUGCCAAGCAGCCGGCCGACGACGUGGCGGAGUCCAAAGCACGGUACGCUUUGUGUCUCUUGUCGGGCGCCCCUAGGGGACCCUGUCGUUCGGUUCUACGACUGAGGGGGGUUCAGCAUGAGGGCGUGUCGUCUUCGUUCAUUUUGCCAUUUCAACGCGAAAAAGAGAGGUUUUUAAAUUAAAUAGGCCUUCCCUCUCUUACGCUGUUGAAGGGCUUAAGAAAGUUGACGACAUGGUGCGGGAUGGAGUCCGGGACGGGCUCCGGACUCGCCUUUGCCGUUAAUAAGACGGCUCGCACUUAACUUGAUGGGUUAACCUUCUAUGCUCUCCGGCGGCAGUCGUAGAAGAUCAGGCACUGAAGUAGAUGAUAUUACAACCCUCUAUGCUCUCCGGCGGCAGUCGUAGAAGAUCAGGCACUGAAGUAGAUGAUAUUACAACAAACAGCAUAGACGGAAAGACCACCUCCGAAUGGAAGGAAGAGGGUCGGUGCGAUGGGGCAUGCUUGUUGAAGAGGGCUGAAGAUGCACGAUCGUGGCGUGACAGACGUCUGGGGAUGGAUUCGGACGCGAGCAAGAUGUGUGCCGCAUUUAGGGAAGAGCAUCCGGGAGACCCGUGCGAAGCAAGAUCCAUCUUGCGGAGCCAAGAACACCGCAGAGAGCCCAGCGUGACGAGAGCCCAGCGUGUGACGAGAGCCCAGCGCGUGACGAGAGCCCAGCGCGUGACGAGAGCCCAGCGCGUGACGAGAGCCCAGCGCGUGACGAGAGCCCAGCGCGUGACGAGAGCCCAGCGCGUGACGAGAGCCCAGCGCGUGACGAGAGCCCAGCGCGUGACGAGAGCCCAGCGCGUGACGAGAGCCCAGCGCGUGACGAGAGCCCAGCGCGUGACGAGAGCCCAGCGCGUGACGAGAGCCCAGCGCGUGACGAGAGCCCAGCGCGUGACGAGAGCCCAGCGCGUGACGAGAGCCCAGCGCGUGACGAGAGCCCACUAUACAGAGGUUUGAACAUGAUCCCAGUUUGAACACGACAAGGACUUUGACAACAGCCGUGCCCGGCCACCUGACACGAUCCUGCCAAGGGAAGCGGUUGUGCCGUUAUCUUUUGAUCGAUCCCGAACGGCCAGACAGCCGAUGGAGAAUGCUGCAGUGUUACUUCAGGUAAGCGGCCAGACAGCCGAUGGAGAAUGCUGCAGUGUUACUUCAGGUAAGCGGCCAGACAGCCGAUGGAGAAUGCUGCAGUGUUACUUCAGGUAAGCGGCCAGACAGCCGAUGGAGAAUGCUGCAGUGUUACUUCAGUAUUCCCAAAAGAUGGGUAACACCAGAAAAAGGGAACCACUCGGCUCGAACUGCUGGAAAUGACACAGAAGUGGAAGUCCUCGUCCGGAGCCGGCAUCACCACAUCCAGGUCACAGGAUAUUCAUCACCACGACCAGGGCGUCGCUCCAACUGCUGGAAAUGACACUCUCAAGGAUGUGCAUUGUAACUGGAGAUUGCAGAGAGUUUGCACCACCACACCCAGUCCUGGAUGGAAACAGAAUUUAUGAUCUAAUCAAAUGGAAGACCGCAAUUGUCCUGAGAUGACGAGGUUAAGUAGAAUUGUCCACAGACGUGCACGGAUAAUGAAAGUCUUGUACAUCCAGGGGACGGAAGAGGUAUCCAGGGGCUCAGUACGCAUACCAAUCCUGGAACAGACUCUCUAUCUAACUGUGUGAAGCUUUCGCUCGGACUGUGAAUAUCUCGAUAACACACGUGUUUAUAUGCAUAGACGUUUUCAUCGCGUAUCGUAUUCUUAAACGCAAACACAAUUCUUAGUUCAGAUUGAAUCGCAAACGAAGGAUUCGCGAAAGCCACGGACCAUCGCUAGACUAUUUUAUUUUCUUCGCUCAGAUUGAACUGUUGAAAAUGUGGAUUAUAUUUAUGUACUUCAUUUGAACCACAAACGAAGGAUUUGGACAAGACGCGUACCUCUAACCCCUUCAUUUGACGAGACGUGAUACCAAUCCCACAAGCACUGGAUGACGGCAUGCUUCAGGAAUCUCUUUACGACUGAUGCCAUGUGACGACGGGGGCACAUCUUGAGGGUAAUGCAAACAGAUAUACACUAUCUCCGGAACUAUAACACCAGAUAAUUCCACUCUGAGCCAGACUUCCAAUAACGACCUGACCAGCCUAGGCCUGGACCUCAAGUUCUGCUAUUUGACCAGCAAGAUGACACAAUGGAUGUGGAACCCUCGGCCUCUGAACGAUUGUCGCUAUGGGAGUCAUAAGCAACAGACUUUCUCUGGUGUAGUAUUGUACAUUCGCUACCUGUAGGCCUCUGCAGAAGGAUACGUUGUAUUUUAUCGAAAUAUCUGAUUGAAAGGUGGUUUCAUUGCAAAUCUCAAUAUCAUCCGAUGGUAAAAAGCCUACUUCCAUUUUGUGGCUGUGACAAAAUGUCUGAACACAUUUGGAACGCCUUUAAAAGACUUUCCAUCAGUCAUCGUCAGUCACUCCUCCUAGAUGAUUGUUGAUUAAGAACCAGAACCAGAUCCAAAUAAUUUACUAUCGAGCUGUUAAAAUUUACUUCAUUUUUCUCCGAAAUCACCAAAUUGAUCAGAUAUUUCAAUUUUCCCAUCGUAUGAGACAUGGGGUCCACGUGAUUCUGGUUGGUUCGACCCCAGCCAACCAGAACAUGUGUUGUCUUUGAUGGAACCGUAGGCCUUAUGAACUUUCUCGAUCCAUUCAGUACCACGAAUACCUGCGUUUAUUCCAAUCAGCUUCCGAGACCUGAUAGUGCCGGUCUCCAUUUGGGACAGAUAUGAAAUUGGCAAACUCAAACUCUAGCCUCCAUUUUAUACAAGUAUCUUAAAUUUCCUUAAACACGGUAAUUAUCCGGGUGCCUUUCAUUCUUGGUUUCAUCAAUGAUAUGAUAACAAAGGUUAUCCCCAAGACCAAAACAAAUGCAAAAGAAUCGGACAAAUUCAUUUCCAAAUUUUGAGAUUUCGUUGAAAUAUUUUGUUGAUUGAAAUUUUUCCAAAAUAUUCCAAAUUGAUGUUGGUUCCUAACCUUGCGGUCAAGUGGAAGAGGAGCUCAGUCUUUUCAUGAUAAUUAGUCCAGAAAGAUUCAUCUUGUUUCUUCCUGUGAGUUAUAAAGAUAACAACUGCCCCAUCAAGAAGUUUCCUGUGGUACAGAAUGGGUCGAGCAAGCUGUCGCCAACGUCAAUGUCUGACGUUUUAUGUAUCAAUUUGUUAUGUUUGUAUAAUGAUACAAUAUGUGAAAUUUACAUAUAAAAGCCAUAAUACAUGUAAAGGUGAAUUCAAAAAGUUACUUCUAUUGUUAAACUCGUCCAAAGCAACCGCUUUUGUCAUGCAAAUGAGAAGACUGGUCUGAACGCCUGAUCUAGAGGGCCCCUUUUGUCAUGCAAAUGAGAUCACAGCACGGUCCUGUUGAUCGCCAUGACGAAAUUGGUUCUUUUGUUAUUUAAAUAACCCACUCACCGAUGUCGUGCUGUUUCAUAUCAAUGAGGUCAAGGUUCGUGACCUGAAUACACCACAGCAGUUCACCUUACUUGCAUUUACAAUGGUUGUCGCUGCAUGCGACUCAAUUUAUGUUUUUCCUGAUCAAAAACUAUGUAGAUAUUCCAGUGGAAAAUGGUUUCCCAAACAAAAUGAACAUAAACAUAAGAUGUUUUCAACCGGACUGUGCGAGACGGCAUGUAUAACAAUGUGUCCCAAAAGUGUUGCAUGUAUCAAUGGCUCUUUGCAUUAUUUUAGAAAUUUUGAAUUUCACACUAUUUAUUGAGUUGUUCCUCGGAGUUGUCUUUUGUCUCUAUCAAACUGGCUUUGCCGGCAAGUUCCUCAUAAAGCGAUCGUUCCAAAUGAUGGGUUGCGGGUUUCCCCUGCCUUGUACCUACAUUCUAAAUUGCCCUCUCUUUGCACAGUUAUAGAAGUGUGAGGCGCCGUCCACUCAAAAAUGUAAAUAGUUUUUGUUCAGAAUAUGCUUGCAUAUUAUCGCUGUUUUGGAGAAUGAAUUGCCCUGUGGUGUCAUUGUUUUGAUAUUGUUCUGUAAAAUCUUGAUAAAUUCUUGGAAUGUACAGAUUGAAAUAAAAAAUUCAUAAACAGA